AAUUAAUUCAACGAGCAAGAAAGCCGCAGUAAUUUAUCUCCAUUUUCCGCUUACUCUUUUCCGAUUCUGCAUCCACGGUCCACGCUCAUCAUUUCCGGUUGUAGUUCCACGGAAGAGAUGACAUUGAACCAGGCGGCAGCGUUAAAGCUCGGAUUAGGGCUAUUGGGUCUCUGCUUGUUCGGCUACAUAGUGGGUCCGCCUCUGUACUGGCACUUCAUGGAGGGCUUAGCUGCUGUCAGCCGCUCCUCCAAUACUUGCCCUCCCUGCCUCUGCGAUUGCUCCUCUCAGCCUACCCUCUCCAUCCCCGAAGGACUCAGCAAUGGUUCCUUUGCAGAUUGUGCAAAACAUGAUCCUGAUGUAGGUGAAGACACUGAAAAGAACUACGCUGAGCUGUUGACUGAGGAACUGAAGUUACGAGAAGCAGAAGCCUUGGAAAAUCAGCAGCGUGCUGACAUGGCUUUGCUGGAGGCUAAGAAGAUAGCUUCUCAAUAUCAAAAGGAAGCAGACAAGUGCAACUCAGGCAUGGAGACAUGUGAGGAAGCAAGGGAGAAAGCUGAAGCAGCACUAGUAGCACAGAAGAAACUAACAGCAACGUGGGAAAUGAGAGCCCGUCAAAAGGGAUGGAGGGAAGGGGUUGCCAAAACUCAACCUCAAACCCAGGGAAAUGCCCAGACUGUCUGAUCUCAACCUGAAACACAGGAAAUGCCCAGACUGUCUGAUAGAGAUCCACAUUGGCAUUAUUUGACACAACCAAAGUUAUUUGCUUUGCACGGUCCUCCCAUAUGUUGAUUCUGAUAUAAUUUUAUGUCUCGCUACACAGCGAAUUUUAUUUUCAUGGAUUUGGUAAAUUAUCUCUAGCGAUCUGAUUUAUUUUAUGGCAAAUAUACGAUAAGAUUUACUUACUUUAUAUUUUUUUGAGUAAAAUAUUAUUUAGUGC